AUAGCGAAAUGUUUAGCGCUGUGUCUGUCAUCCUGAAUUGUGUUUUGUAGGUUUUUUUUUUCCUUUAUGACGUAAGCGCGUGCGGUCUUUCGGGAGUUUCCGUUUGAAAACGAAUCCGUGAAUGAUGCACUUCGCUAGCGUGCCGUGCGCGUGGAAGUUGAGUAGUUUUUACACAAAGAAUAUUUGUAGACCUAAGCAGCUCAGUGCCUGUGUUAGAGUCCCAGAGUGCUAAUCUACAGGAUUAGUGUUUCUGAAGAGGAAAUAUGGGGAUAUUUGUACAAUCAGUUUUAAAUUUACGAGUGUGGAGUUUGGUUUAUAUUGGCUCUUUUACUUUCUGGUCUUUUCACCCACCAAAAAUCCUUUAUUAUGUCACCAUACAAAGGGGAUUAUUCCCUUAGCUCUAAUCUUCGUCCUUUCCUUAUUUUUUAUCUGCUCUUUAAGAUUCCUCCCAUAUAUUUUCCCACUAAAGGUGAGUUUAAACAUUAAAAAAAAAUCAGUACUAUCACUUAUAGGAAAAUGUUAGAUAUAGGCCAAUUCUUACUAUCAGUUAUAAAUAUUCCAAAAUCUUGACGGAGAUACGUAUUCAUUUUUAGAAAAUAUUUAAAUGUGGGCUUAACCUAUAAGAUUGAGCCCUUACCUAAACUAACCUUUGUUUGAGAAAAUUCUUGAUUUGGUUUUAGGCUGAAUUCUGAGUCCACAAGAGCAGUAACAAGAUAUAAGUUUAUGAAUCAGGUCAAUUAUUUGCUCUCCAAACCUAAGAGGCAUCCAAAGACAACACAUAUAACAUUAGAAUGUUUACCAAAAAAUCCUCAUGUUUUCAGAUCUCAUCAUGAAGUGAAAACUCCAGUUUCUGACUUUGAAUUUAGAAGAUCACCAACUACAUCCCCAUUCAGAUAUUUAGUGCUGAAACAUUUCUGCUGAAGAAAUGUCUUCAGGGUCAGAAAAGGAUAAAGAGAGGCUCGUUCAAGCUGCCAAAACGUUCUUCUUUCACAUGCAAGAUCUUGCUUCUUUCACAAAUGCACUCACCGAAUUGUUUAACAGCAGUAUGAACACUCAGAUCUUCUUGAUGGCUGUGAAAGAAGAUGGUAAUGUUAAGGAUGUCUUUGAACAGAUGCUCAAAACUUUUAAGGAGAUGCAAUCUGCAGUGGUGGCAAAGCAGGACAAAAUGCAAAGUGAAGCUUUAUGUUCCAAGAUUGCAACAGCUACGUGCUCUAUGCUUGAGAAGAGUAGCAGUGUAAAGGAAUGGCAACAGCCAGCCAAAGAAAUGUUCAAAAAUGUCCAUACACCGGUCAUUGCCUCUGUGCUGAAUAAUGGUAACAUCCUUGAGAGUUUGGAAUCUUCUCUUUCACUCUUGAUGAAAAAUCCCAUCAUGAAUCUUCAGUUAAGUGACUUCUGUAGAAAAGACACCGAAGAGCAAUCAGAUGAUACCACAUCUGAGAAAAGCCCAAGUCCUGGUCCAUCCAAAGCCACUACAAUAGACACCUUGAAAAAGUUGCAGGAUGCACUAAACACUGAGAAUGCCAAGGAUACCAUCGAGUCAGCUGCAGAUCACAUGGAGCAAAUUGUCAGAAUUAUGGGACCAAUCUUAGAGAUCCUCCAAAAAGCCAUAAAAACUAUGGAAACCAAGUUUUCUGUGUUUAAGAAAUCCAAGGACUAGUAGGAGUGCAACAGUAGGGCUCAUUUCUGUCAGAAAACCAGUUCAAAUCCUGUGAGUUUUUAUAGUACUUUCUAAGACCUUGGAUGCCAGACAUGUGGUCUGCUGGGACAUGAGUUUGAAGAAUAGUCAGCUGGCAAACCAUUUACCUCAAGUUUUGCUUUAUUCAAAUAAAAAUAAAUAGUCAAAGAAACCCUGCUUGAAAUGGCAGUUACUGAAAAGAAUAUAUUGUUCAAAAAAAUCAAGUAUGGUAUUAUGUUUGAGGAUAUUUCUAAACAUUGUAUUUCAUCUUAAAGCAUAAUUGAAAUAACCCUCAACUAAUUCCCACUCUUAGUAAUUCUAUUUCUAGUUCCUACUAGAAAUAGUGAGAGUUCCAGGUAAAUGUAUACA